CAGCCCGUGAGGUCGGCGGCGGCGGCGCCGCGUCGAAUGAGAUGUCUCUGCUGAGGAGAAAAGGGCUGCCGGUGGGAGGGCGACUUGGGCAGGCGCAGUGUGGGGGCCUGCCUAGAGAAGGGGGAGGGCGAGGAGUUCGGGAGGCUGAGCGAGUGUCGUCGUCGUCCCCUCCCUCUUUCCUCCUCCUCCUCCUCCUCCUCGAAAGGUGGUGGUGAUUGUGUUUGUGAAGGGAAAGGAGGGGGUGAACAACAACAACACGGUGGUGUUUUUGAGCGGGUUGAUGCUGUUGUUACUGAGCUGUUAACACGACGACGUCACCGCACUUCACAGCGACUGUACGGAGCAACCGCCGCCACAUCAGGGGGUUGGGUCCGCCCUCCCGCCGCGCGACACCCUUCCCUCCCCCCCUUCGCUCUUUCAGGGACAGUUUCCUUUGCCCCUCCCCCCUCGCGCUCUGUCUUUCCUCAAGUAAAACUUCCUGGCUCGCGGCGCCGCGGGCCCGCCUGAGGGGAAAGACAAACAAGCGGCGGCGGAGGGGAAGCGAGCCCCUGUGUAUAAGCGAGCACACCCCAGCAACAGCGCGGCAGCCCACCUCCCUUCCCCAACAUCACACGCAACACAACCCGCGGACACCCUGCCUGCCUCUCUCUCUCUCUGUCUGUCCCGGCCUUAUCUCUGUCUAACCAGCAGCUGGAGGAGCUGUCAAAACUUCCUCUCAGCUGCCCUCAGCCAGCCUUGGCCUCCGCCUCCUCUUCCCCCGGGGGCGGGGGAAGGGCACAAGGCCAACGUACGAUGAAGCGGCGGUCUCCUCCUCCUCAGCUGCAGCAGAGGAGAGGAGUCGUUUGCCUGUGGCCGCCGCUACUACCGUCGCCGCCGCCUUAACCGGGGCCUGUGAGAGAAGUGGGGGUGUCGAAGGGAGCCGUAUUCUCAGAGAGGCGCGCACAUACUGAGAAGCCGGCUGUGCGCGACAGUUGUAUGGCCCCAUCUUUCUGCUACAACCUCCUCCGCUCUCCGUCAGCCGCCGAAAGGGUCUAAUUGCGUGUGACUGAGGCGGGCUCUCCUCUCUUCUCCUCCCCAUGCUACUACCUGCGCGCUGGUCCGCGGCGGCUGAGGCCAGCAAUGCGAGGCGGAGGUAGAAGAGGAAGAGGAGGUGGAGAAGCAGAAGGGGAGCAGCAGCAGCUGCUGCUGCCGCCGCAGCUGCCGGAGCAGGAGGAGCGUCGGGAUCACCCUCAUCCACAACCUCCCUCACCCUCCUCCUCCUCCUCCUCCAUGUGUCUCUCUCGCCCUGCUGACUAGGAUGUCAACGGAGGAGCAGAGGCUGACGCUCGUGGUGGAGCAGCAGCACCAGCAGCGAGAACCGCCGCCACAACUCCCCGAGCCAGGAGCUCCCCCCACGGCAGCAGCCGUCACAGACAAAAGACCUAGGGGCCGGCCUCGCAAAGAUGGCGCUUCCCCUUUCCAGAGAGUCAGAAAGAAGCCUCGAAGUAGAGGAAAACCUGCAGUGGAGGAUGAAGACAGUAUGGAUGGGUUGGAGGCAGCAGAAACAGAAAACACUGUGGAAACUGAAAUCAAAGAACAAUCUGCAAAGGAGGAUGGCCAAACUGAAGUGGAUGGUGACAAGAAGCUAACACCAAUUCUUCAUUGCUCAGUGUCUGUGGAAUCUUCAAGCUCCAUUGCCUCUGUUGGUGUUGAAGCAAAAACCAGCAGUGAACAGCUCUGCGCCUUUUGUUACUGUGGGGAACGGAGCUCAUUAGGACAAGGAGAACUUAAACAAUUCAGUCCAACACCAGGGUUUGUUGCUCCGUGGAACAACCAGUCUUUAAAUAAGAUUGAAACUGGUGACAGCAAUGACAGCAUUUGUGAGAGUACUCCAAGGCAAAGCUCAGUCCUUCGCAAAUCUAGAGGACAGAAGAAAGAGAAGCCUCAUCAGAGUAUAACAUCUUGUAGAAGUAUAAGCACUCAAACUACUCCUGAUGAUCAGGUAGACAAAUUCUGGGAUGAACUCAAAAUGGUUGGCUUACCAGAUGACGUUGAUGUCCAAGCCUUAUUUGAGCCAACAGGUUACUGCUGGGCUCAUCACCGCUGUGCGGAAUGGUCACUGGGAGUUUGCCAGACUGAAGAGUAUCUACCAGUGAGCGUGGACAAAGCUGUUGUCUCAGGGAGCACAAAACAAUGUGCAUAUUGCAAGCACCUUGGAGCCACUAUCAAAUGCUGUGAAGAGAAAUGCACCCAGAUGUACCAUUAUCCCUGUGCUGCUGGAGCAGGCACUUUUCAGGACUUUAACAAUUUUUCCCUUCUCUGCCCAGAUCACAUUGACCAGGCUCCACAAAGAUCAAAGGAAGAAGCAAACUGUGCGGUAUGUGAUAGCCCUGGUGACCUCUUAGAUCAACUUUUUUGUACUACCUGUGGCCAGCAUUACCAUGGAAUGUGCCUGGAUAUACAAGUGACACCUAUAAAACGGGCAGGUUGGCAGUGUCCUGAUUGUAAAGUGUGCCAGAACUGCAAGCAUUCUGGAGAAGACAACAAGAUGCUUGUGUGUGAUACAUGUGACAAAGGGUACCAUACUUUCUGUUUACAACCGAUUAUGGACUCUGUACCAACAAAUGGCUGGAAAUGCAAAAACUGCAGGGUAUGUGCAGAAUGUGGCACACGAACCAGUAGUCGGUGGCAUCACAACUGUCUUAUGUGUGACAGUUGUUAUCGUCAGGAAGACAACUUGCAUUGUCCUUUCUGUGAAAAAUCCUCCUGCAUAGAUUUACAAAAAGACAAGUUGCGUUGUCAUAUAUGCAAAAGAUGGAUUCACAUAGAAUGUGACAAACCUCCCGAUAGUGAACUGGAUACUCAGUUAAAGGAAUACAUCUGCAGUCUUUGCAAACACUUAGAAGCAGAAGAAGAGCAUGCACAACCAUGUGAUGUGAUAGAUACUGCCCAACUUCUUCCUGAAGCUAGCACAGAUGAAAUGGAAAUAGAAGGUGGAGCAGAAGAUGUGGUAAACAAGGACCAAGUCAUAACUGAUAGCAGCCUUGCUCAUGAAUCAACGGUUAGGUGUGCCACAGAUGGCCUGUCAUUAAAUGAAAAGAAUGGUGAACUGGAAACACAGGUUUCUGAUGAUUUUGGUAAAGGUGAAAUGCAAACAUCUCCUAGAAAGACUCCUGCAUCUGAUGUUAAUCACACUGAUAAAAAGAUGGAAAUGACAGAAGUUGUUUCAAAUAUAACGCAGCAAGUAUCAGAUGACCAAACUGAGGAAAUAAAACCAUCACGGGAAAGCACUGAGUCGUCAGAAAUAUCCACAGAGGAAUCUCAGCUUCCACCAGUGACACCUGAGGAUGGAGCAAAGUUGUCUGAAACCUUCAAUUUGGUCAGUAAAGACUGCAGCUCUUGUAGGAAGGAAGAACAAUUAGAAACAAUAGUGGUGUCAGAAGCUGCAGUCAGAGGUGACACCCCUGAAAAUUAUGAAACAUCAUCUCUUCCAGCAAGUGAAAGUUGUGCAACUGACACUUCACCAUUCGGAGACAAAUCAAUAAAGUCACCAGCUGAAACACAUUCUUUAUUUCCAUUAUCUGUUGAAAUAAACAAGUCUAGUGUGUCUUCCUCACCAGCAGCCUCAAUAGAAUUUGGCUGUUCACAUGACAUGAUACGUAGUCAGAUGUCAUCACUAGAAUCCUCUGUAACUCUUCCAACAACAUACGUAUCGCUCACUCCAAAAAUUGGAAUGGGAAAACCAGCUAUUGCCAAAAGGAAGUUUUCUCCUGGAAGACCAAGGUCAAGACAGGGGGCUUGGAGUAGCCAUAAUACAGUGAGCCCACCUUCCUGGUCCCCAGACAUUUCAGAAGGUCGGGAAACUUUUAAAUUCAGACCGCUACCUGGCAGUGCCAUAUGGAGCAUCAAAGUGGGUCGUGGAUCAGGGUUUCCUGGGAAGCGGAGACCACGUGGUGCAGGCCUUUCUGGAAGAGGUGGACGAGGGAGAUCAAAACUGAAGAGUGGAAUUGGAUCUUUUCUUCCUCCAGGGGUCACAGAUAUGGAUAUUUCAUCUAACAAAGAUGAGGAAGAAAACUCAAUGCACAACACUGUUGUCCUAUUUUCUAGCAGUGACAAAUUUACCUUGCAUCAGGAUAUGUGUGUAGUUUGUGGGAGUUUUGGCCAAGGUGCAGAAGGCCGAUUGCUUGCCUGCUCUCAGUGUGGUCAGUGUUACCAUCCAUACUGUGUCAGUAUUAAGAUUACAAAAGUGGUGCUCCACAAAGGCUGGAGAUGCCUGGAGUGCACUGUGUGUGAAGCCUGUGGGAAGGCUACGGAUCCAGGAAGGCUGCUUCUUUGCGAUGACUGUGAUAUUAGCUAUCACACUUACUGCCUAGAUCCACCACUGCAGACAGUUCCUAAGGGAGGUUGGAAGUGCAAAUGGUGUGUUUGGUGCAGACAUUGUGGAGCUACUUCUCCUGGUCUGAGAUGUGAAUGGCAAAAUAAUUACACACAAUGUGCUCCCUGUGGAAGUUUAUCUACCUGCCCAGUCUGCUGUUGCAAUUAUAGAGAAGAAGAUAUUAUUCUGCAAUGCAGGCAGUGUGAGAGAUGGAUGCACACAAUCUGUCAAAACUUAAACACAGAAGAGGAAGUGGAAAGCACAGCUGACAGUGGUUUUGACUGUACCAUGUGUUGGCCUUAUAUACCACCAGCAAAUGUGCCUUCCUCUGAAUGCUGUGAACCAUCAAUUGCAGCUCAAAUUAUAGCAAAAGCAAAAGAACUUGUUCAUACAAAUUUCAUAGACCCACCGAAGACAUACACUCAGGAUGGAGUCUGUUUGACAGAAACGGGGAUGUCUCAGUUACAGAGCCUCAGUGCUGUUGUACCAAGAAGAAAGCGGACAAAGCCAAAGCUCAAGUUGAAGAUAAUAAACCAGAAUAGUGUGGCUGUACUCCAGACCCCACCUGACAUCCAGUCGGAACACUCAAGGGAUGGCGAGAUGGAUGACAGUAGAGAAGCAGAUCUCAUGGACUGUGAAGGAAAAUCAGAUACAAGCCCUGAACGUGAACCUGCAGAUGAUGAACCUAAAGGGGUAGAAGGAACUGAGGGGGUCAAAAAGAGAAAGAGAAAACCAUACAGACCUGGCAUUGGUGGAUUUAUGGUACGUCAGCGGAGUCGUACAGGCCAAGGAAAAACAAAACGAUCUCUCUCCAGGAAGGAUUCUUCAGGCUCUGUAUCUGAGCAGAUUCCUAGCAGAGAUGAAAGUUGGAGUGAACAGCUACCAGAUACUCCUGUUGAAGAAACUACUCCCAUUUCAGAAAAUACAGAAAAAAUUAAAAAGCGUUACAGGAAAAAGAAAAACAAGCUUGAAGAAAUCUUCCCAGCAUACUUGCAGGAAGCUUUCUUUGGAAAAGACCUCCUAGAUACCAGUAAGCAAAGGAAACCAAGUUUAGAUAAUAUAUGUGGAGAAAGCCUUAACAAUUUGUGCAAAGCAAAUCUGAACACAAAUUUCUUAGAUCCAUCUUCAGAUCCACUUCUUAGCUCAACUUCCACUCCAGCUCCAUCAAAAUCUGGAAUGCAAGGUGCCUCUGAUGACUCAUUAGCUGCCCUUGUGCUGAAUACGGAUGAUGACAUUCUUGGAAUUCUUUCUGAUGAUUUAGUGAAAUCUGGGGAUCAUUCAGGUCUUGAUUUAUGCACUUUCCAGGUUGAGAGCUCAUCCUCACCUUUUGCUGGGCUAGAUAUUGGAUCCAUCUCUGAUGUUCCUUCCUCUAUACCUCCACAAAGUGUCAAUCAGAGCUCACGGCCACUGAGUGAAGAACAAUUAGAUGGAAUCCUGAGCCCUGAACUGGACAAGAUGGUCACAGAUGGUGCAAUUCUUGGUAAACUGUACAAGAUUCCAGAACUGGGAGGAAAGGAUGUUGAAGAUCUGUUUACUGCUGUAUUGAGCCCUUCAGCUACUCAAACAACUCCUUUGCCACAGCCCCCACCACCUCCACCUCCUCAGCUAAUGCAUAUGCACAAUCAAGGGGAGAAUGCAUUUUCAAGAGUUCCACUUAUAAAUGGCCUGAUUGGACCAAACCCCCAUCUUCCUCACACAUCUUUGGUUCCUGGAGGUGGAUUAGGCACUUUUUCUACUAUAUCACAGCCACCAUACACAGACACAAGGGAUAAAAACACAACAUUUAAUGCAGUGAUGAAUGAUUCCACCAGUUCUUGGGUUCCUUCUGCUGCCCCACUGGAAGGUGAAGGUGAUACCAUGUCUAAUGCACAGAGAAGCACUCUUAAGUGGGAGAAGGAGGAAGCACUUGGCGAAAUGGCAACUGUGGCACCUGUUUUGUACACAAAUAUCAAUUUUCCAAAUCUAAAGGAAGAGUUCCCAGACUGGACAACAAGAGUGAAGCAGAUUGCUAAACUGUGGAGAAAAGCAAGCUCACAGGAAAGGGCUCCAUACGUGCAAAAAGCCAGAGAUAAUAGAGCUGCUUUACGCAUCAACAAAGUGCAGAUGUCUAAUGAUUCCAUGAAAAGGCAGCAGCAACAGGAUAGCAUUGAUCCAAGCUCUCGUAUCGACACUGAACUCUUCAAGGACCCAUUAAAGCAGAGGGAAUCAGAGCAUGAGCAAGAAUGGAAAUUUAGACAGCAAAUGCGUCAGAAAAGUAAACAGCAAGCUAAAAUUGAAGCAACUCAGAAACUUGAGCAAGUUAAAAAUGAGCAGCAGCAACUGCAACAACAACAACUUGGAUCACAGCAGCUUUUGAACCAGUCAGGUUCAGACACACCUAGUAGUGGGAUGCAAAGUCCCUUAACCCCUCAGACUGGCAAUGGAAGUAUGUCUCCUGCACAACAGACAUUGUAUACAAAGCAACUGCCUAGUACCCCUACUUCUACUCCUUCUGAUGUGUUCUUAAAACCACAUGCCCCUCCGCCACCUGCAACACCAAAUAGAAUGCCUGUUCAAGAUUCCCAUUGUCAGGCUCCAUCACAACAGGUCUUUUUUCCUUGCUCUACUAGACCACCUUCUCCUGUUGACCCUUAUGCAAAAAUGGUGGGAACUCCCAGGCCACCACCUAUUAACCAAAAUCAAAACUUUCUCAGAAGAAAUUCUGUUACAUCAGUAGAUAUUUGUCCACCUCCUUCACUCAUAACCAGGCCAGCUCAUGUAUCUGAAUCAACAGGGAGCCGGCCGUCACCUGUUAGAGAUUCUUGUUCCUUGUCUCCAGUCAGCAGUGACCCUUACCCAAAAGCUCCAGAUACACCCAGGCCUGUAAUGGGAACAGAACCUUUCUCCAAAUCUUUGGUGGUAUCAAGAUCACCUCUAAUUGCAGAACAACCAGGGAAAACAUCUUUAGCAGUGGCAAACAGUGAUGCAUUUGCCAAACCACCUCCUAGAACAGAUGCAUUUCAAAGGCCCCAGACAUCACUUGCUGACUCAUAUGCAAGGCCACCAUUGACUCCCACUCCUGUUGUUGAGGGAAGUUCUGGUCCAUUUAAAACUCCAAUGCGCCCAACUCAGUCUCCACAAGAUCCUUAUGCAUCAAUGCCACCAACCCCAAGACGCAUGGCUGUGGAUCCCUACGAACGGCCUGUUUUGACACCAAGGCCUAUGGAUAGCUUUUCACACAAUUCAUCUAAUGACCCAUACAGUCAGCCGCCUCUGACUCCCCACCCAGCAAUAAAAGAGACAUUUGCCCAUCCACAAAGAGUAGUGCGAAACCAGAGUGAUUCUUUUUCUCAAUCUGGAACUAUUUCAAGGGCAGUUGCUCAGGAUCCAUACACCCAACCUCCGGGUACUCCUCGGCCGGUCACAGACCCUUAUGCCCAGCCUCCAGGUACUCCUCGGCCAGUCACAGACCCUUAUGCCCAGCCUCCGGGUACUCCUCGACCUGCCACUGUUGACCCAUAUAUGCAUCAGCCUCUCACACCAAGACCUGCACAGACUGGAGACUUAUUUGCUCAGGUUUCAGCUAAUCAAAGGCAUUCUGAUUCAUAUGCCCAGCCUCCAGGUACACCAAGGCCAGUCAGUAAUGAUCCAUAUUCUCAACCACCAGCAACUCCAAGGCCUGGAAUUUCAGAACCUUACAGUAGACCAGCUCUAAUGUCAAAUCGAGAUUCUUAUCUGCAGGCAUCACAGAACAGAUCUUUACCUGGGACUUUUGUAAGGCCAUCAGAUCCAUGUUCUCAGCCCCCAAAGCUACCAGUCCCUGUGGUAACAGAUUCUUUUAGCAGUAUUUCAAAAGCCCCACUUUGUGAUCCUUAUGAUCAGCCUCCAAUGACUCCAAGACCUCAGCCAGAAACAUUUGGAACUACUCAGCUUCCCCAUGAUGUUGCAGAUCAACCAAGAUCUGGAUCAGAGGGGAACUUCAGUACAUCUGUAAACUCUUCCAUGAGCUUGCAGGGAAAACAAUUUCCCCAAGCUUCUCAAGUUCCUGGUCCAGCACCAACUGCUGGAGCAACUAAUACACAGACUACAAUGUCUCAGGCAGAUGCAGAGAAACUAAGACAGCGCCAGAAAUUACGUGACAUUAUUCUGCAGCAGCAGCAACAAAAGAAGAAUGCCAUCCGUCAAGAGAAAACAUUGCAAGAGCCUGCCACAGCACCUCACGCAAGAUCUACUCAACCAUGGCAGCAAGAAAAUCUGAACCAGAUUUUUAACCGGCCGCCUCCUCCCUACCCUGGGAAUGUUAGGUCAUCCAUUGUCCCUCCCAGCGGACUAAGGUUCACGGGUUUUCCAGUCGAUGGGCAGUUUAAUAGACCCCAAUUUCCAGGAGAUAAGGGUGGCAUGGGAAUCAGGCCUCAUGGAAUUAGAUUUGGUUUUUCAGGAGGUGGUCAUGGUCCUCCCCCAUGUCAAGAGCGCUUCCUUGGGCCUCCACAGCAAAUGCAACGUGCUGGUGUUCUGCCACAACUCAGAAGAUCAAUGUCUAUAGACAUGCCUAGACUACCUAAUAAGCCACAAAUGUGCAACCCUAUUGGACUUUCACAACAUUUCCCACCACAAGGUAUUCCAGUUCAACAGCACAACAUAAUGGGGCAGGCAUUUAUUGAGCUCUGUCACAGAGCCCCUGAAGGCAGGCCAAGACUUCCUUUUAAUUCCCCAACUGCUGUUACAAACACAAUGCUCCAGCAUCAACAACAUACAGGAUUUGUACCUAGGCAGGACUGUCAAGGGCCAAGACAUCUAGAGCCCACGAGACGUAAUUCUCAAAGUCUAAACAAUCCACUGCAUGUGUCACCAGGUUUGGAGAAUUUACCGCCAGCUCAACAAGCCACAGUGAAUCCCAACCAUCCACCUGUGCUAGUCACAUGCUCUUUAAGUCAUCCACCAGUUAAUGAUGCAUUUACAGGAGGUCCUUUGCCAACAACAUCUAGUGAGGCAACAAGCGACUUACAGAUUCCCAACCAGCCCCCUGAUGGAUUAGAAGAAAAGCUUGAUCCUGAUGAUUCCUCUGUAAAAGAUUUAGAUGUCAAAGACCUUGAGGGUGUUGAGGUUAAAGAUUUAGUUGAUGAGGAUCUUGAAAAUCUAAAUCUAGACCCAGAAGAUGGCAAAGGAGAUGAAUUGGACACAUUAGAUAAUCUUGAAACUAAUGAUCGUCACCUUGAUUAUCUUCUAAGAUCAGGUGAAUUUGACAUAAUUGCCUACACUGAUCCAGACCAUGAUUUGGGUGACAGAAAAGGUAUGUUCAAUGAGGAGUUGGAUCUUAAUGUCCCUAUAGAAGAAAUACAGGGCAAGGCAGAAGAUACUCAGCAAAAGCAUCAAGAUGAGAAAGCUGUCAUUCCUGCAGAGUCAUCAUCUCAGAAAAAAACUGCUGAAAUCAGUGAGAUUAAAAUAGAAGUUCUGUCUCCAAAUACAUUAGAAGAAACUAAAUCUGAAAGUGAUAUAAAGGAUGUAAAUGUGGCAUCGUCUGAAACAGAAUUACAUGAUGGAGAGACAAAAUCUGUACUGCCCUGUAAUUUGGAAUUACCUGGCAAAACAAAUACAAAUGAGGAAAUCACUGUGUUCAGCCCAGAUGCUGUUCAGGGCACUACUCCACCAUCUGCUCAAAGUAUGGCAAAUUCUUGCAAUAUUUCUGGAUCCACUCCAGUACUUACAAGUUUGUUAGCUAAUGAGAGUUCAGAAAACCCUGAUAUCAGGCCUCUGGGCUCUCCACCUCAUCCACAACCAGCAGCACAAAUCAACCCUGUUUCAAGUAUUCCACAAUCUUUAAUGACAUCUGCUGGUCAAACCAUAGAAAAUACAGUCUCAAAUACAGAAAUGGUUCCACAAAUAAGCCAUAACUUCUCACAAGGGACAGCAGUAAAUUCAGCUUUUAUCCCUGGCCAUUCAGCUAAUAGCUUUGGGGCAGCGCAGCCUGCUAAUCAAAUUGUGCCUGUUAUAAAUCGACCGGGCCCAAGCAGUAUCCCCGGGCCCCAGCAGAUGAUGAUUCCACAAACAUUAGCCCAGCAGCAAAAUCGAGAGAGGCCUCUUCUGCUGGAGGAACAGCCUCUUCUGCUGCAAGAUCUUUUGGAUCAAGAAAGACAAGAGCAGCAGCAGCAGCGACAGAUGCAAGCCAUGAUUCGCCAGCGUUCAGAGCCUUUUUUCCCCAACAUUGAUUUUGAUGCAAUCACUGAUCCUAUAAUGAAAGCAAAAAUGGUGGCUCUGAAAGGAAUCAAUAAAGUAAUGGCGCAGAAUAAUAUGGGAAUGCCACCAGUGGUCAUGAACAGAUUUGCCUUUAUGGGCCAAGCAGCGCCAGGAGUACCAAGUGGUGAAAGCCAGAAUCUAAUACAGCAAGCAAUUACGCAGGAUGGAAACCUAACACCUCAAAUUUCUAGGCCGAACCCUCCAAAUUUUGGUCCUGGUUUUGUAAAUGAUUCACAUAGAAAGCAAUAUGAGGAAUGGCUGCAAGAAACACAGCAGCUUCUUCAAAUGCAGCAGAAAUUCCUUGAAGAACAAAUUGGAGCACAUAGAAAAUCAAAAAAAGCACUAUCUGCAAAACAGCGCACUGCAAAGAAAGCUGGCCGUGAAUUCCCAGAGGAAGACGCAGAGCAGCUUAAGCAUGUUACUGAACAGCAGAGUAUGGUUCAAAAACAGCUUGAACAGAUACGAAAGCAACAAAAGGAGCAUGCAGAACUCAUUGAAGAAUAUCGGAUUAAACAACAACAAUGUGGAAUGGGGCUCCCUGCAAUGAUGCCAGGUAUGCCUUCUCAGCCCCCAAUGGUCCCAGGAGGAUCUCCACCAACAAUGGGUCAGCAAACUUUCCCAAUGGUAUCGCAACAGCUUCAGCAUCAAGAACAUACAGUAGCUGUUCCUGGACAACCUAAUCCACCUAGAAUGCCAAGUUUGCCUGGAUGGCAACCACCCAAUGCUGCUUCAACACAUAUCCCGCACAAUGCUCCAAGGAUGCAGCUACCAGUGACACAGUUGCCAGUGAAUCCUGUGACGCCCACUUCUGUGUCAGCUCCUAGCUCAAAUGUACAGUCAGGGCCACCACCGCGUGUAGAGUUUGAUGACAACAACCCAUUUAGUGAAAGCUUUCAAGAGCGUGAGCGAAAGGAGCGUUUGCGAGAGCAGCAGGAAAGACAACGAAUUCAACUUAUGCAGGAGGUCGAUCGGCAGAGAGCUUUGCAGCAGAAGAUGGAAAUGGAGCAGCACAGCACGAUGAGCUCAGAAUUAAAUGCCAGAACUUCCUUGUCUCAAAUACCAUUCUUCAGUCCUGACCUACCUUGUGAUUUCAUGCGGCCUCCACGGCCCCUUCAGCAGUCUCCACAACAUCAGCAACAGCAUAUGGGACCCAUUAUGCAGCAAGGACCUUUAAACUCCCCACCUGCUGCCAACUUUCCACCAUGUAGUGAGCGGCAGCCAGGGGGUUCUUCCUCCUUUGGACCUGAUCCAGCCCCAAUUCCAGAUGGAAAUCCCACUUUCCAUUUGGUUAAGCAAUCUCAUGGAAAUAUCUCUGGGCCCCGCUUCAUACAAUACCAUGUCGGACCUCAGUUUGCCACUGGCUUACCCGCAACUUCUCCAGUAUCUGGCAAUGGUGCCCCCUGUGGUCAGGAUACCAUGUCCUGUGGAACAAACUUGCCUGGAACGAGUCAGUCUCUCAUCCAGUUGUAUUCUGAUAUCAUUCCAGAGGAGAAGGGCAGAAAGAAAAGAACAAGAAAGAAGAAGAAAGAGGAUGAUGCAGAGUCAGUAAAUGCCCCGUCAACCCCUCAUUCAGAUAUAACUGCACCUCCAACUCCAGUUGUUUCAGAUGCUGUCUCCACCCCAACAGUUAGCACACCUGGUGAACUUACACGACAUACGGGGGAAAUGGAGGCAGAGGAGCUGCCAGGUUCAUCACAUCCAAAUGCUGCAGAGAGUCAGCCUUCCUCAGAAUUGAAAGGUCAGCUCUCUAGUAGUGAUUUGCCACAAAACAAAUUGCCUGAGCAAUCAAGCAUAAACCCGGAGACAGACAAGGUCAAGACAGAGGCUUCUGUGAGCAUUCAGGAAAUUAGUCGGGAAAAGACAGAAGCUGAUCAAUGCCCUAGUGAAGCUGAGCCUAAGAUGGAGAAUCAAAAUGCCAUUAAAGUGGACGAGGAUAAAGCUACUGUGCAUCCUAUCCCUUCUUCACAGAGUCAGGCACAACCUGACAGCAUCCCAGCAGCAAAAGGCGAAUCGGGGAAUGAACUCCUCAAACAUUUGCUUAAGAACAAAAAAUCUGCCUCUCUUUUCAAUCAGAAAUCAGAUAGCAACUUACAGUCAGAAGAUAGUACUGAGGACAGCAAAUUUAUGGGAAAACAGGAUCCAGUUGAAGGCGGCAUGCAAUCAUUAGGGAAUCCAUUGCAAGGUACAUUUGGAUGUGGUAACAGCCAGCUUCAGAGAGCAGAUUUCGGACAUGAAAUGAAAAAACAGCGAAAUAAACGAACUCAGAGGGCCGGUGAGAAGGCAGCACCUCGAUCUAAGAAGAGAAGAAAAGAGGAAGAGGAAAAACAUGCUAUUUAUCCUAACACUGAAACAUUUAUGCAGUUAAAACAGCAACUCUCUUUGCUGCCUCUAAUGGAGCCAAUAAUUGGAGUGAGUUUUGCCCACUUUCUUCCUUAUGGCAGUGGCCAUCUGAAUAGUGGAAAUCGCCUUUUGGGAAGCUUUGGUAGUGCAACGCUUGACGGGGUAUCAGAUUACUAUUCUCAGCUAAUCUACAAGCAGAAUAACUUGAGUAACCCUCCCACUCCUCCAGCCUCCCUCCCUCCUACACCUCCGCCUGUGACUUGCCAGAAAAUGGUAAAUGGAUUUGCAACUACUGAAGAACUUGCUACAAAGGCUGGAAUGCUUGGAGGGCAUGAUGUCUGUUCUUGCGGCAUUUCAGUUACCAAAGCUCUAGGACAGAAGCAGUUUCAGCUGCCUUUCAGACCGCAGGAUGAUCUGUUAGCCAGAGCCAUGGCUCAGGGUCCUAAAAGUGUGGAUGUCCCUGCCUCUCUUCCAACCCCACCUCAUAACAAUCAUGAAGAGCUAAGGGCUCAGGAUCCUUGUGGUGAUAGGGACACUCCUGACAGCUUUGUUCCUUCUUCCUCUCCUGAGAGUGUAAUGGGCAUGGAAAUAAGUAGGUAUCCUGAUCUGUCAGCAGUAAAGGAAGAGAUGCCAGAACCUGUUCCAUCCCCCAUCAUUCCAAUCCUACCUGCCAGUACUGGAAAGGGUUCAGAAGCAAAACGGAAUUGUAUCAAAAUGGAGCCUGGUUCUGGCUUCAUUGGUUCUCAGCUUGGGCCUUCCCAAAAUGGUCCAAAAUCCGGCCUUGUAUCCAUAGCAAUUACUUUACAUCCCACAGCUGCAGAGAAUAUUGGUAGUGUGAUGGCUGCAUUUUCCAAUCUUCUGCAUGUCAGAAUUCCAAACAGUUAUGAAGUUAGCAAUGCGCCGGAUAUUCCAUCCUCAAUGGGAAUGAUGAACACUCAUAGAGUAAAUGUAGCCUUUGAGUAUAAACAGCACUUAUUACUUCAUGGUCCUCAGGCAGGCACGGUAGGCCCUCCUGGACUAACAGGGCCUUAUGGACUCAAACAACAUAAUAUGCCAUUUCCCCCAAAUGGUAAUGUUUUAGCAGGCUAUAAGGCACACAGUCCAAAUGUCGCAGAUGGUUCAGUGCUGAGGCCACAAUGGUGUUCUCAUUGUAAAGUUGUAGUUCUGGGCAGUGGAGUACGGAAACCUUUCAAAGAUCUACCUUUCUUGAAACAGGAUUCCAGAGAGAAGUCUGAAAGAAUGGAGAAAGACAUUGUCUUCUGUAGCAACAACUGCUUUGUUCUUUAUUCAGCAUCCAUGCAAGCAAAAAAUUCAGAAAGCAAGGAAUCAAUUCCUUCCUUACCACAGUUUCCAAUGAAGGAGGCACCCCCAAAAGCAUUCCAUCAAUAUAACAACAAUGUCUCUAUGUUAGAUGUUCACUGCCUACCUCAGCUACAGGAAAAGGUUUCUCCGCCUUCCUCGCCCCUUAUCACCUUCCCUCCUGCUUUUGAAGCAGCUAGAGUGGAGCCAAAACCAGAUGAGCUUAAGGUAACAGUGAAGUUAAAACCCCGCCUGAGAACUAUACCGAAUGGUCUUGAUGACUGUAGACCAGUAAGUAAGAAAUGGAAAGGAAUGAAGUGGAAGAAAUGGAACAUACAGAUUGUGGUUCCUAAAGGAACAUUCAAACCUCCUUGUGAUGAAGAGAUAGACGAGUUCCUCAAAAAGCUGGGCACAACCAUUAAACCUGAUCUGGUACCCAAGGACUACCGAAAAUGUUGUUUCUGUCAUGAGGAGGGCGAUGGUGUAACAGAUGGACCAGCAAGACUUCUUAACCUUGAUUUAGAUCUUUGGGUCCAUUUGAACUGUGCUCUUUGGUCUACUGAGGUCUAUGAGACACAAGCUGGUGCCUUAAUAAAUGUGGAACUAGCCCUACGAAGGGGCUUGCAAAUGAAAUGCAUGUUCUGUCACAAAAUGGGCGCUACCAGCGGCUGUCACAGGUUAAGGUGCACCAAUAUUUAUCACUUUACCUGUGCCAUUAAAGCACAAUGCAUGUUUUUUAAAGACAAAACUAUGCUUUGCCCUAUGCACAAACCAAAGGGCGCUCACGAGCAAGAACUCAGCUAUUUUGCAGUCUUCAGGCGGGUGUACGUCCAGCGUGAUGAAGUCCGACAAAUUGCCAGCAUAGUACAACGGGGGGAUCGUGAGCACACCUUUCGGGUGGGGAGCCUCAUCUUCCACACCAUUGGCCAGCUGCUGCCACACCAGAUGCAGGCCUUCCAUUCUUCAAAGGUGCUCUAUCCUGUGGGUUACGAGGCCAGCCGGUUGUAUUGGAGUACACGGUAUGCCAACCACAGAUGUCGCUACCUGUGCUCCAUUGAAGAGAAGGAUGGUCUUCCCCUCUUUGUGAUCAGGAUUAUUGAACAAGGCCAUGAAGAUCUGGUUCUUUCUGAUUCAACCCCUAAAGGUGUUUGGGAUAAAAUCCUAGAGCCUGUUGCUUCAGCAAGGAGGAGUUCUGAAAUGCUCCAACUAUUCCCUGCAUAUCUAAAGGGUGAAGACCUUUUUGGCUUGUCUGUCUCUGCAGUGGCUAGGAUUGCUGAAUCGCUUCCUGGGGUUGAGGCUUGUGAACGUUACAACUUCCGAUAUGGCCGAAACCCCCUCAUGGAACUCCCUCUUGCCAUCAACCCCACAGGCUGUGCCCGCUCUGAGCCGAAAAUGAGCAGCCAUGUCAAGAGGUUUGUGUUAAGGCCUCAUACUUUAAAUAGCACCAGCACUUCAAAGUCAUUUCAGAGCACAGUUACAGGAGAACUGAAUGCACCUUACAGUAAACAGUUUGUUCAUUCAAAGUCCUCUCAAUACCGAAAAAUGAAGACUGAAUGGAAAUCCAAUGUCUAUUUGGCACGCUCACGUAUUCAGGGCCUGGGCUUAUAUGCUGCUAGAGACAUUGAAAAGCACACCAUGGUCAUUGAAUAUAUUGGAACCAUCAUCCGCAAUGAGGUAGCCAACAGGAAAGAGAAGCUUUAUGAAUCUCAGAAUCGCGGAGUGUACAUGUUCCGCAUUGACAAUGAUCAUGUCAUUGAUGCCACAUUGACAGGAGGUCCUGCAAGGUAUAUUAACCAUUCCUGUGCACCAAACUGUGUGGCUGAGGUAGUAACCUUUGAAAGGGGACAUAAGAUCAUCAUCAGCUCUAGCAGGAGAAUCCAGAAGGGAGAAGAGCUCUGUUAUGACUAUAAGUUUGAUUUUGAAGAUGACCAGCACAAGAUUCCAUGUCACUGUGGAGCUGUAAACUGCCGAAAAUGGAUGAACUAGAUGCAUUCCUUGCUGUCUCCAGGGGUUGCUUGUCCCAAGGAAGAAGUGAUUUUGAUUUUAUUGAUUUUGUGGGAUGGGGGGUUGGGGUGUGUGAAAACAAUCACUUCUGUAAAUUGUAUUCUACUCCAGUGUGAAUCAAGCUGGCAGAAUAUGGAGUUUUUGCCUGACAUCCCAGGUGCACAGAGGUGAAACUGAUCUCCAAACCAGUCCAGCACUUUUGAUUUUAUGAACUCAUAAGGAGAAAUUGUUGAACUUGGGCAGAGAAGCUAUGGCUGACCCACAAAAGGGCAGUGGGGCAUCAAUGAAUGUAGACUGAAAUCACCAGCGAAAGGGAGACAUCCAAAGUGCUGGCCACAGCCUUACUUAUUAAAGGGGCAGGCCCUCUAAAUACAGAAAAAUAAAUAAAUAAAAGUAGACACCACUGAACAAGGAAUGUACUGAAAUGACUUCCUUAGGGAUAGAGCUAAGGGAAAAAUAACUUGCACUAAAAUACAUUUAAAAUACUUGAUUCCAUGAGUCAGUUUAUUGUAGUUUUUGAUUUCUGUAAAAUAAGAGAAACUUUUUGUAUUUAUUAUUGAAAUAAGUGAAUGAAGCUAUUUUUAAAAGGAAAGGUUAGAAGCCAAGCUGCUGCUGUUACCUGCAGAACUAACAAACCCUGUUACUUUGUACAAAAGUGUAAAUAUUUUGAGGAAAAAAGUACAGUAUAAAAAAUAGUAAUUGACCAAAUGCUACCAGACUUUGCAGCAGUUCGGGUGCUUAUUAUAAAAUGUUGAUAGGGAUGUUACAAUAUGAUCUUGUGUAUUAAACAUGCCAUUAUGAUUGUUAUGGAAUAACCAAAAUCUCAAUUUAAAGAGAGGUUUUACUUUAUUUUUUUAAUCUUUAAAGCAGGCUCAACUGUGCUCUAUUAAUAACUUUUUUAAGUAACUGUUAAGACUGGUAGAGAGCAUGUAUAUUACAACUAUGACUUUUGUAGAUGUCUGAGGAAAUUUAGACUGAUGGAUUUAUUUUAUUUGUAUUAUAUUGUUACAUCCCUAUUUCUUAAAUCAGGUUUUUUGUGCUUAGGAUUUGUGAUAACUGUGAAUAACUGCUAAAACCACCCCAAAUAGAGGCUGAACAUUGAUUUUCUUUUCCAGCAAAAAGUAGCGGAGAUUUACAUGAACUGUUCAGCUUACACUAAAAUCAUGUAAUGAAAAUAGAAAUGUGUAGUGAGAGCAUAAGUCUAAUACAAUAGCUGCCUUCUUUAAAAAUAAAAACAAGGAAAAAAUUAGUUGUAAUUGUGCUUUCAGCUGCAGGACUCUGGCAAUAGGGUUUUGGAAAAUGUAAUUUAAAAAUGUGUUUGUAUGGAUUGUUUUGUUUACAUUUCUUUAAAAAAAAUAAACACUGUUUGUGUUUGCUUGUAGAAACCUAAUCAACAUUUUGAACCAGGUUAGUUUUUUUAUUUUGUACUUUAAAUUCUGGUACUGACACUUCACAGUCUAAAUAUUAAAAAAAUGAAGUUUUUUGUGUGCACAGCGAAAGUGGACUGUAAAACUGUUGAUAUAUUCAGUGAUACAGCUCUGAACUUGUAAUGUAUAUGGCAUGAUGUAUUUUUAUCUUACAGAAUAAAUCAAUUGUAUAUAUUUUUCUCUUGAUAAAUAGCUGUAUGAAAUUUGUUUCUCAAAUAUUUUUCUUCUCUUGUACAAUAUUCCAACAUCCUACCAGUAUUUGUCCUACAGGUUUUUUCUGUUCUGUAUAAUAGUUACCUAAUGUUGGCAAAAAUGAAUUUUUGAAGUAUACAGAGUGUUAUGGGCUUUCAAAUUUGUGGAAACAGAUUUAGAAGAUCAGCAUUUACAAAUAAAAUAUUUUACAUCUAUAAA